AUGGCCACCAACGGAAAUGCAGCGACCAGCCCCGGCCUGGUCGGUACGGAACACAUCGCUGGCAUCCUGGAGAAGAUGCAGCAGACUCAGGCCGAGCUUCUCGCAGCCGUCAAGUCGUCUAUUGCAGUGCCAGCUCCGACCACGGCUUCUGCGCCGGCUUCUGCUCUGAGCCCUGCAGCAUUGUCCGCUCCGGUCACAAUCGCCAACCCAGUGUCGGAACCACCAGUCGAAGCCGACAAUGCUUUGGCCAACAGCCCGAUACUGUCGUCAAGCCCAAAGUCCACCUUCACCUCGAGGAUCGUCUUGACGACGUACCCUAAACAGAUCGGCGUGAACCCGUUUCUCAUGAACUGGGGCGCCGAAGAUCCUACAGAGCGUGGCCCCAUCGUUGUCUCUCGCGCUCCAUCGACGAUCCGCCGGCGAAACGCUCACGGCGGUUCAUACUCGAUCUACUACGCCCUCGCGGUUGCGAGCCAACAAUUGAAUGCCGAGCAUCGUCCCGACUUUACCAACACCGAGCCGGCGGUCAACAUCGGACCAUUCCCUCAAUGGCACGACAAGAAGAAGAUUGUUGCCAUGGAUCCUUGGGGCCACAUACCUCAAACUCUCUUCAAGGAGGUGAUGGACAAAGACAAUGUUGACAUUCGCCCUACAAUUGCAAUCACUAGGGCGCACAUGAGACUUCCAGAACUUGAGGAAAGUGUCCGUAAAGGCAGACUUGUUCCUGAUGGGAAGGUGUGCCUCAAUGACAAGGGCGAGUUGGCAGUGACAAAGUUCGCUGUUGAACCAGUCUGGUAUUUACCAGGAGUUGCUGAGAGAUUUGGCAUUGAUGAGGGCACUCUUCGCCGAUCCCUUUUCGAACAUACAGGCGGCAGCUAUCCCGAGCUCAUCACUCGCGGCGACAUCAAGAUCUUCCUGCCUCCCAUUGGCGGCCUUACUGUUUACUGUUUUGGCGAUCCUGCGAAAAUGUCAGAUGCGAGCGUCCGGCUAGCACUGAGAAUCCACGAUGAGUGCAACGGAAGCGACGUCUUCGGCUCUGAUAUCUGCACAUGCCGGCCGUAUCUAAUUUACGGUAUUGAGGAGGCUGUCAAGGAGGCUCAGAACGGAGGCAGCGGUGUUGUGAUCUACUUCAGAAAGGAGGGGCGUGCCCUUGGUGAAGUAACAAAACGAGGCGAAGACCGCGCGUCCGACUACUUCAAGCGGACUGAGAACAUUGCCGGCGUCAAGGACAUGCGCUUCCAGGCUCUGAUGCCGGACAUUCUGCAUUGGCUUGGUAUCACAAAGAUCGACCGGAUGUUGAGCAUGAGCAACAUGAAAUACGAUGCCAUCGUUGGCCAAGGGAUUCCAAUUCACGAACGUGUCGAGCUUCCCGAGGAAUGGAUUCCAGCGGACUCAAGAGUGGAAAUCGACGCCAAGAUCAAUGCAGGCUACUUUACAAACGGCCACCGCAUGACAACAGAGGAGCUCGAGGCCGUACAAGGCAGAACCUGGGAAGAGUAA